GUGCGCUUCACUUGUGUUUGCUGAGUUUCGAGAUGUUUCUCCAGCAAGAGAUUAACUCUGAUCGUCCGCGAUCGAAUGUUACUUACCGGGGGGCUAAAGACCACCCUUCCCGGCCCCCAUUGGUGCGUUCUGGACCACCGGCACCAAUGAAGAAACGUCCUCAGUACGUUCCCCAGACCCAGCAGACCUCCACUCCUGAUCAUCGCCUUAAUUACAAGCCUCAGGCGGCUGUUCCUCUGGAGCAGAAGAUUCAGUACGAUCGAGAGUUUCUGCUGGGCUUUCGAUUCAUCAGUCCCAGCAUACAGAAACCUCAGGGAUUACCAUUCAUCCCUAGGGUUGUGCUGGACAAGCCCAAUAAAGAUCCAUUGGACUCUAGUUGGCAGCAGAAAUGUGUACAACAGGACAGACAGACCUCCAGACAUGGAUGGAGACGAAGCACAGAGCCCGACAACGAGCUCCGCAACGAGACGCGUAAGGUCAUCAGCGUGUCCCUGAAUGUCCAGCUCAACAAGGCAGCGAAUGCCUGGAGGCCUGGAAGGAAGAAGAGCGUUGAAUGCGGCGAAGUGCAAAAGGAUGAAGCAGAAGACCUGAAGACUCAGGAGAUGUUGAGAUUGUUCCGCAGCAUCCUCAACAAACUCACCCCUCAGACGUUUGACAGGCUGAUACAGCGCGUGACCGAGCUUGCCAUCGAUACGGAGGAGCGUCUGAGGGGGGUCAUCAGUCUCGUGUUUGAAAAAGCCGUCAGAGAACCUCACUUCUCCGAGAUAUACGCAAAAAUGUGCCACCGCCUCGUAGAUCUAAAAGUCCCGACCUCUAAAGACCCGGCUGUUAACGUAGAGUUCAGAGUACUGCUGCUCCAUUGCUGCAAGGAGGAAUUUAAGAAGAACAAGGACGAGGAGAUCAUCGAGGAAAAGCAGAAGCAGCUGGAUGCAGCUACAGAGAAUGAAGAACGUCAGCAGUUAAAGGAAGAGCUGGAGGAGGCAAAGAACAAGGCCCGCCGUCGUUCUCUGGGAAACAUAAAAUUUGUUGGAGAGCUGUUUAAAUUGAGGAUGCUUAAGGACUCCAUUAUUCACCACUGCGUCGCCAAACUCCUGAAGGACGAAGCUGAAGAGAGCUUAGAGUGCCUCAGCAAGCUGCUCUCCACUGUCGGGAAAGACGCUGAUGAAAAGGACAAGACUCGCAUGGAUCAUUAUUUUACUGAGAUUGAGGAAAUUGUAAGGGCGAGGAAGACGUCCUCACGAAUCAGAUUCAUGCUGCAGGACCUUCUGGAUCUGAGACGGAAUAAGUGGGUCCCCAGGAGGGCUGAUCUUGGCCCUAAAACAAUAGAUCAGAUCCACAAAGAGGCUGCACUAGAGGAGAACGGCUCACAAAACAAGGUCCAGCAGCAGCAGCUGAGAUCUUAUAAAGACUGGACCUGUGGACCGAUCAACAUCUGCCCAUCCAAAACCAUCAGCAAGAUGGAAAAGAUUGAGCUCAGGCCCACUGUACGCCAAGAAGAGGUUCCUGUGUCCAGUGACACCCUGGAGGACUCUGAAAAGACAAUGAAGGAGACACCUAAGGAAACACCUGAAGAGGCGCCUAAAGAAAUAUUUGAAGAGGCGCCUAAGGAAACACCUGAAGAGGCGCCUAAGGAAAUAUUUAAAGAGGGGCUUAAGGAAACACCUGAAGAGGCGCCCAAAGAAAUAUUUGAAGAGGCGCCUAAGGAAACACCUGAAGAGGCGCCUAUAGAAAUAUUUGAAGAGGUGCCUAAGGAAACACCUGAAGAGGCGCCUAUAGAAAUAUUUGAAGAGGUGCCUAAGGAAAUACCUAAAGAGGCCCCUAAGGAAACACCUGAAGAGGCUCCUAAGGAAACACCUGAAGAGGCGCCUAAGGAAACACCUGAAGAGGCGCCUAUAGAAAUAUUUGAAGAGGCGCCUAAGGAAACACCUGAAGAGGCGCCCAAGGAAAUAUUUGAAGAGGCGCCUAAGGAAACACCUGAAGAGGCACCCAAGGAAAUAUUUGAAGAGGCGCCUAAGGAAACACCUGAAGAGGCACCCAAGGAAAUAUUUGAAGAGGCUCCUAAGGAAACACCUGAAGAGGCGCCUAAGGAAACACCUGAAGAGGCGCCUUAUGAAACACCUGAAGACACAGACAAGCCUGUAUCUUCGUCUGUGCUGAAGGGCGCCCCCUCUGCUCUGGAGCUGCCACAAGGAAAUGUCUCUGAAGAAGCAGAGGAGGAACUUCCUGAGGAGACAUCAAGACCAGAGAAUCAUUUAGUAGAUCAGACCUCACCUUCAGCUCCAGUGGAACUGACCAUGACUAUAGAGCAGGAGACCACCAAUGAGGAGACAGUCUACAGGAAUGAUGUGAUGGCGUCAGUGAAGAAUGCGCUGGAUGAACUCAACGUUUUAAAGGAGAAUGACAUCAGAUCUGCUCCAGACAGCAACAGAUUUUCCUUUCCGGCUUUAAUCGGCGCCGCUGCCAUUCCAAGCGCCAUUAUCUGUUCUGGGCUCCUGCUUUACCAUGGUAUAAACUGGUUACGCACCCUGGUCUAAACAGCUCUCCAGGACUGUACCAUGAUUUAAAUUGUCUAUGCAAAUUUUUUUAAAUAAAAUAUAUGU